AUGAAUAUGGAGCCAAGCGAAGGGAAGAAUAACUUGCAAAUGCUCUCGCAUUUAUUGGCCAUUGCGUAUCAUGUUCUAGAGGAGACCAAACAUAUGAAUCUUAAGCCACCAUUGCGUCCAAUGUCCAAGUUAUUUGCUGCUGAUGUGGUCGUUCCUGGAUCGCCAUCGUCCGAGACGGAGACGCCGCAGGACGAGGCGCUUGGAGACGUGAACGGCCUGACUGCAGCCUUUGGAGGUGGUGCUCCUACACACGCAAGUGGACAGGGUCAAUGUGUUGUGGUCCCGUUUUUACCCGAGGAGAUACAGGACACAUAUACGAGAAUUGCAACGCUCAAGACGCAGUAUAUGAAGCUCAGUAUGGAGCUCUUGGAAGCUCUUGAAGAGACGGAAAAGAAGAACAUGGAGGUGGGAUUACAUGAAAAGGACAAUGUGAUGGCCAACAUGAUCACGAGGAGGAAUCAAUUACGCAAGGAAGUCUAUGAGAGGAACAUUGUGAUGAAGGGACUGAUUGAUCGACUGCGACAUCUACAACACUCGAUCAGAUUGUUGAAAGGAGGCAGUGCUUAUCCCCCCAAUAUUGUCAUGGAGAGCGUCUAA